AUGGCUUCGCGACGUAGAUCGAUGGCGCAGGAGGUCCACACUGCUCUUGAACAGUUGACAGAUAGUCUUGUUGAUCUCGUUCAUUUGGCGCCUGGGUCUACUAUUCCCGGGCUCUCCUGGGGAGACGAAGACGAUUCAUAUGCUUGUGCUGGCGUACCCUUUGUUUCGACUACACCAAGUUAUGCCAGCGCUCCAGACAGGCCUUAUCAACGCCUGCGAGAGGAAAUUGAGACCGGACUUUUCUCCUUUCAUGACAGCCUCGAGCUCGAUGCUCCUGGGCUUGAUUCCUCAGAGCCAUGGUCCAAAAUUACCGACGCUCUGAAUUUGGUUGAGUCUAAUUCAGAGUAG